AUGAGAGAAGCAGCGAUCAACAUCCCCACAGCUGCCAUGAGACCUUCCACCAACACCAAGGACUCCACCAGCUCACCAACUUGCUUAAAACUUCUUUUAUACCUGCUGAUAUGCAUGACAAUCGUGCUUUUCAUACUGGUUCCAAUAGUAUAUACGAAUUUGCCUGAUCAAACCCUAGAGUUUCAGAUCAACUCUCUUUCAGUCUCUCCCUUUCUAGUCUACUCCUCCUCCAUCACUGCCAAUUGGAACAUCACCUUACUUGCUAGAAAUCCUUAUAAGGACAAAAUCGUCUACUAUGACGCCAUUGAAGUUUCGGUUUUCUAUCACAAGCUGUUUCUAACUUCGUCGCAUAUAGCUAUGAAUGGAUCCUUGUAUCAAAGUCCCAAGAAUGAGUCAAUGCUGCAGGUGAACCUUGCAAUCUCAUCAGUGUAUAUGGGCAAUUGGAUGGAGGCGGCGGCCAUGCUGGAGGAGUGGAGGAACAGAGGUGUAGGGUUUGGUGUUAGAGCAGAGGCUAUUGUCAGGUUAGGCGACAGCGAAAAGAAUUUAAAGAGGAAGCUGUCUGCAUUGAUAAACCUCCCUAAGGGUGGCAGCAGGAACUGCUGGACUCUGGAGUCUAGAGAUGGGAUUGUUAUAUUCCAUUUGGAGUGA